AAGUGUAAACAUUUAAAUAAAAUAAAAUAAUUUUGAUAACUCGCUUUUAGAUUGAGAAACAACGCAGCGACCUGUCCCGGGAACUGGAAGAGCUCAGUGACAGACUUGAAGAAGCUGGAGGAGCCACCACAUCCCAGAUUGAGCAGAACCGCAAACGGGAGGCUGAGCUGCUUAAGCUCCGGCGAGAACUGGAAGAAGCCGCCUUGCAGAGCGAGGCCACGGCUUCCACCCUGCGCAAGAAGCACACCGACGCCAUGGCCGAGAUGACCGAACACCUGGAGAACCUGCAAAGGGUCAAAUCCAAGUUGGAGAAAGACAAGCAGGUCAUGAAGGCCGAGAUUGAUGAUCUCAGCAGCAGCAUGGAAAACAUCCAGAAAUCCAAGAUGAAUGCUGAAGGUCAUGUGCGUCGGUUGGAGGAUAACCUGGCUGAAGCCAACUCCCGACUGGCUGAGAUGGAAAGGAAUCAAGCAGAAAUCAACGCCAUCAGGAACAGACUCCAAGCUGAGAACAACGAGCUGAGCCGAGAGCAUGAAGAAAGUCAGGCAAGGCUCAAUCAAGUCCUUCGGGUCAAGACAUCCCUCACGUCCCAAGUGGACGACUUCAAGCGACAACUGGAUGAAGAGUCCAAGGCCCGCAGUGCUGCAGUGGUCAGUCUGGCCAACACCAAACAUGACCUGGAUUUGAUCAAAGAGCAGUUGGAGGAAGAGCAAACCGGCAAAGCUGAGCUCCAACGCUUGGUCUCCAAGCUCAACACCGAAGUUACAACCUGGAGGACCAAAUAUGAAACCGAUGCUAUUCAGAGAACUGAGGAGCUGGAAGAGACUAAGAGAAAACUGACCGCCCGUCUUCAGGAGGCGGAGGAAACGGCCGAAACGGCGCAAGCUCGGGUAGCCAGCAUGGAGAAGUACAAGCAGAAGCUCCAGAUGGAAGUGGAGGAUCUAACUUUGGACCUGGAAAAGGCCAAUGCAGCCUGUGCAGUCCUGGAUAAGAAGCAACGGGCCUUUGACAAGAUGCUGUCUGAAUGGCAGCAGAAGUGUGAGGAGCUCCAACUGGAAGUGGACAAUUCCCAGAAGGAAUGUCGCAUGUACAUGACGGAGAACUUCAAGCUCAAGACGGCCUAUGAGGAAGCCUUAGAGCAGCUGGAAGCUGUGAAGAAGGACAACAAGACUCUUCAGGAGGAAAUCAAGGAUCUCAUUGACCAGUUGGGUGAGGGAGGAAGAAGUGUCCAUGAGCUGCAGAAGAUGAAAAAGAAGUUGGAAAUCGAGAAAGAUGAGCUUCAGGUGGCCCUGGAGGAAGCUGAGUCUUCCCUGGAGGUGGAAGAGAGCAAGCUGAUUCGCAUUCAGCUGGAGCUUGCUCAAGUCAAGGCAGAUAUUGACAGGAGAAUCCAUGAGAAGGAGGAGGAAUUUGAAGCCACAAGAAAGAACCACCAGCGUGCCAUCGAAGCUCUGCAGUCUAGCCUGGAUCUGGAGGCCAAAGGUCGAGCAGAAGCCCUGCGGCUGAAAAAGAAGAUGGAGACAGACCUGAAUGAAAUGGAGAUCCAGCUGGACCAUGCCAAUAAGAACAACAGUGAGCUGGUCAAGGCCUUGAAGAAACUCCAGCAACAGCUCAAGGACAUGCAGAUGCAGAUGGACGAAGAUGCUCGCCAACACGAGGAGCUGAGGGAACAGUACAAUCUCCAAGAACGCCGGCUCAGCCUUCUCCAGACAGAGUUGGAAGAGGUGCGCACCGGCCUGGAGGGCAGUGAACGCUCGCGGAAACUCAUCGAGCAAGAAUUGGUGGAAGUCUCCGAAAGGCACAACGAACUCAAUGUUCAGAACCAGAGCUUGCUGGUGAUCAAGCGUAAGCUGGAAUCUGACCUCACGCGCAUAACCAAUGAACACGAAGAACUCAUCAGCGAAUUCCGAUCGGCGGAUGAGAAGGCAAAGAAAGCCAUGGCGGAUGCCGCCCGCAUGGCUGAAGAACUGCGGCAGGAACAAGAUCACUCCAUGCACUUGGAGAAAAUCAAGAAGAGCCACGAGGUCACCAUCAAGGACCUGCAGGUCAAGAUGGAAGAAGCUGAGCAACUGGCCUUGAAAGGUGGGAAGAGGACCAUCAUGAAGUUGGAGGCUCGGGUAAGAACCUCUCUCCACUCCCCACCCCCAUCCAAUUACUAACACUUCCCACGUUCUUUGUGGCAUCUGACCAGGAUCAU